AAAAAAAUAUAAUUUUCAUUAAAUGAUACUUAAAAUAUUUUUCAUUACAAUUUUUUUAUAAAUGGUAAUGAAAUUUUAAUGCUUAAUGAAAAUUUCCCAUGUAUGUUCCAAAUACAGAGUCAUGUGUCUUUAUUCAUAAAUUUGAAUGUGAUAUAUUUGUGACCCUGACCCACUAAGAAAUAUGGACCGAUUUUGAUGGUUUCUUUUUAACCAGUAGAUAUUCAGUUGUUGAAAUAUUUUUUGUAUGAAAACUACCUAUUUAACCUUCCGGUAAAAUAUAACUAGACAUUGAGAUAUUGUGGGGUUAGAGUCAAAUAGUAUUAUGGCCCAAGCGGCUUUUCGAACAUAUUUUUUCAUUCGCACACACACUACACAAACAUUACUCGUACAAACACCGUUUUUUUACGUUUGUGUGGACUUUCAAAGAUACAGAUUACAAUUCUUCUUAGAAAUGUAAAUUUUUUUUAAAUUUGUUAUUAAUAAAUAUUAACUUAUAUUUAUUGGUUUGCAGAAAUUCGAUAUGUUAGUGUAAAAAUCAAUUUUUUUUUUUAAUUUUUGUACAAACAGCAAGCAUUUGCACAAACACGUAAUAGCCUCACUAUUCACCUCACACUACACUACACAACAGGCUUGCAAAAACGUAAAAUAUUGGUAUGUUGGUGUAGUCUAUUUGGCCUUUAGUUAAGAACGUUUAAGUAAUUUCCUAUAAAGGAGUUUAUAUAGUAUACAGCUUCCAUAACUUCACACAGAAACAGAUUAAUAUAUUAGAAAGUAGUUAUAUAACACAUUAAUAAUUGGAAGUUAUUAAAGUACCGCCUUGUAGUAAGAACGAAAUGUAGUAAUCGAAAGGUCAUUUCCAAAUUUUUGAUGGGUACACAUAUUCGUAAUAACUUAAAAGUGAGUUUUUAUUUUCAAUAGCUUAAGUCGAAUUUAAGGUAUAAUCAUACUAGGGAAUUCUUCAGACUGCAGUUUCAACACUUUAUUAAAAUUUUGUAUAAAAAAUUUAAAAAUUUUAAGAAUAUCUCCAUGUGACUUUCGGUUAAUAUAGAAAGACAAAAUAAUAGGAAACAUUCAUCUUAAAUUUCACUAAAAUCAAAUAAUGUUAAUACAUAGACAAAUUUCACUGAAAUUUUAUUAAUGAUUUUAAAAAAUGUCCUUAAAAUAUGAACUAAAUAUUCGAUGUCCUUUUGAGAAAAAAUGGUGGGUGUUCGUGAAAAACUGAUACUGAGUUAUGGUUUCAGCAUUUAAAAAUACAUACAAUCGAUUCAGAUUAGUUUUAAAAGUUUUUACAAAACCUUUAUUUCGUUGGCCUGUGUUAUUAAUCUACAUUAUUAAUUUAACAUCAAAAACAAGCCUACAUUUUACUAAUUAAUUUAAUUUAAAUUAAAAAAUAAGUAUAUUUAAAAUGUUAUCAUUUAAUAAACAUAAUUCAACAAAAAUUUACUUUCUACUUAAAAACAACUGAUAACAUAAUUCAUUCCACUUAAUUGUACAAUUAAUUAAAUAUUUUAAGUAAAUACAAUAGUUAUGCUUAUGUUUUAUUAUUUUUAAUAAUUUUAUUAAAAAACUAUAAUUUUUUUAAUGAAAGGUAUUUCCUCAAGAAGUUUCUAUUGAAAUGUUUGCAGACAACAAACAUACAUACGUAAAUCUUGUAUAAAUAUUUGCUUAAACUAUUACAAUAUUUCUAUUUUAUGUAUUGACAUACAUUCAUAUAUUUUUUGUGUUUAUGUCCAACCAAAAAUAUCCAAAGUAAAUAUAAAAUUUAAAAUAUUUAAGAUUAUUUAUCAACUUUACAUUCAGUUAUCUUAAAUCUGUCGUUUUAUCAACACUCUUUUCGAAAUGUUUAAACAAUUUUAUAUUCUUGUCUUUGUUAUUAUUGGUGAUUAUAUUAUUUUAGGGCAAUAUUUGAAUAAUUGUCAAAUGGGUGGUUAUCGCACGAGCGGUAGAAAGGUAUUAAAUGGUCCACUUUUAAUGGAAGCUGAACAUGAAUUGCGUACCGUUUUAAUGAAAAUAGCUGAAGAGGAUGAAGGACCGUUUUAUAGAGUUGGCAUUGUCUUUGGUGGAUCCGAACAAUUGGUGGCAGGUUCCUUAAAAACGGUAGCUGCUGAAUUAAUCGAUUAUAAUAACAUGAAACACAACUGUGAGGUCGACAUGUGGACGAGACCUUGGUUAACGGAUGGUACUGAAGUGACAAUAAGAUGUGAAUGUAUGCGUACCGUUUUUAAACAUAUUGACUUUUAAAUGUAAAUAAAUUUCAUUUUUCAAUA